AUGUUGAAAGCGGCUAGGCGCCGUGCCACCUCAACAGCCCAAGAUGCAGGAGUUAAGGUCGACGGUCGAGAAACGCACGGUCCGACGGCCCCCUCCACAGUCCAAGGACCAGGAUCUGUAUCAGAUCCGCGCGAUACAACAAGCACCAGCUCCAGACAGCCCAGCCGUCCAGUUGUUCAAAAUGCAGACAUCCCCCCCAUCGCGUUUCCCGGAGGGCGGAACCCCUAUCUUGACCGUCCUCUCCCCAUUCCUCCCCGGCCCAAAACACCCUCCAACAAAACAUCUACGGCCGUUGCUGCUGCCGUGGCAGUCAACACAGUCCCGCCUGUCAUGCCGGCGAGGCCAAGUACCUCUUCAGGACCAUCCAGCAAGGCGGCUGCUGGCUCAAGACCAAAUUUUGACAAACGACAGUCCAGGGACGACAUGGCUUUGAACAUGGGCUCCAAGGGCAAGGGGCUCCAGCCAUAUAUCAUUGGCGUCAAGGGAUCUGGACCCUUUACACCCGAGUCUAGUCCAGGCAGAAUGAGAGCACCAUCACCGGCACCCAACUUUUCAGUUCCUUCUCGGGUCAUGACGCCAGAGUCUUUUCACUCUGGGGAGAUUCCCAUCGGUAUGGCUUUGGGUAGUCCCACACAGGUUGUCGGCUAUGCUGGGAGUUGGAAUGGCUCCACUCAGAACAUAGGCUACCAAGCACAGGUCGAGGCAAACGUUCAGAGAUCACCAUCACCGCCGCCAGUACAGAAGACGUCAGAGCCCACGGUUCAAAGGACGAAGACUCAAAAGAGGAGGCUGUUCGGGUCGUUAUUUGGGAGGAAGCAUGCCGAGCCAGCAAAGACGAUGGAGACCGCCGAAGCAAACCAAAGUACUGUGUCGAUCACGGUUACUGGUCCUGCAGAAGACAAUGUCCCGACAAGAAGCAAAACAGUUAGCGGCAAAAAGGCCCCGAAACACAAGCCUAUCGUGGUUAGGUCCAACACUUUGAAGGAAACCUCAUCCCAACAAGACCUGAGAAGGACAGAAGAGCAGUUGAACAGCUUACAGCCAUUGCCGGGAAGCUCUCCCUCCAAAGCGCCCAUGUUGCUAGACCUGGAGAUCCCAGACGUCAGGUUAGAACGCUACAGCAUCAUGUUCAGCGGCGUCUUGAACCCCAGCGGCAUGACAUCACCACAGUCCAAAUCCUCGUUGUUGGAAAGACGACAAGCGACGUUGGAAAAGCUGAAGACGAUCAAGGACCAAGAGGAAGAAGAAAGGAUACGACCUCGGCGUGCCACAUCCCCGCAACCCAUGAAAUCUCCAGGAUUCACCCUCUUCCCCCAGGCCAUGUCCUCGACCAACUCGCUCGCUCCUCCUCCACGGAAACUUCAGCGAUCCAACACCUCGCCUUCGGUUCUCCCAUCACCAGCCAGAGCAAACUUUUUCAGCACCCAAGAAGGCUCACCAGAGGCGGCGAAAAAAGAGCGCAAAACAGUCAGGAUCGUUUCGCCGCGAGCGAUGGACGAGAUCAACCGUGCGGCUCAAGUUGAAAAGCUCCGUGAGCAGCAACAAGCCCAGCUAAACCCACUCCGCCAACCUCCACCAACAACAAACCCCUUCUACUUUGGACCCAAUAACUCGGCCCUCAUCCUCGACUCACCUGUCAGCUUCGCCACAACCUCCUCCCUCGCCGACGAGGAUUACGAGCCGUUAUCAGCCAGAGCAGCAGUAACUGCCAUCCCGCUCCGCCCCGCAGUGCCAGAGCCAACAUGGACGAUGAUUUCCCCUCCCUCCUCCUCGUCAGAUAGCUCCAAGCAGUCGGCUGCCUCGUCAGUAACUACCAGUCCCUCCCUCGAUACUUUACGGCCCUUGGAGCACAAGCCAAAAGUGCCGCCAGUGGAAGAAGACGACGUUGCUCUCAAGGCAGCAGUUGAAAUCUCGAUAGCGAGACAGAUUAGUAUCUCCCGACAACAGAGGAAUAUGCUCCGGCCGCUCGGGCAAGGGGCGACAAUGUCGAGUUCUGCAAAGUCGGGGGCGAUAAGGGGGAGGAGCGCGACGGUGGGAGGGGGGAGGGUUCAGGUGGAGAUUUUGAAGAGGGGGACGAAACUUGGGGUGCCGAUGGUGGUGAACGGGGGGGAGAAUAGGAGGAGUGAGUUGGUGGAGGUUGUUGAUCCUUAG